GGCAUUCUGUGUAUGUUAUGGGCAGUCCGCUGAGGCUGACGGGAGAGAGCACCGUUGGUGGUUUAUGGAUCCGGAGUUAACUUCUGUGCCCAGAAGACACGUUCAGUUGUCUCUGAUGAGCCACAAGACUCUUGUAAAACCAGCUAAAGAUUAUCAAUGGAGCGUCGUGAUUUUUACAAGGGCCGCUCCUCCAAAGGAGAGAUGAUAGCAGUUUCUGCAGUUGCUUUACAGGAUCAUAUAAUACACAGUCAUCAGCUCCAGGAUCUUUCAUUAGCAGAUCCUUUUAAGUCAAGGACAAGGAAUAUCAAGAACACUUACAAACACGUGAACAAAGCAGUAGUAGAUACUGGACUAAGAAAAAAGAGCACUCUCUACAAAAACAAGGAAGAAGCAGAAAAGGAGUAUGUUCUUGAUCCCAGUCCUCCACAGCUAACAUUAGCUCAGAAAUUAGGCCUGGUUGAGCCUCCUUCCUUGCCACUAACUGCUGAAGAAUGGGUAAAAAUAAAGCAGAGAUCCAUACAGCAUGGAGACUCCAUACAGCCUUGUGCAAUAUGCAGGGAAGAAUUUGCACUUCAACAUCAGUCAUGCCUGAAAGCCUUUGAAAAAUUUACAGGGAAAAAGUCUUGUCCUAUGUGUAGAAAAGAGCAGUAUCAGACCAGAGUAAUACACGAUGGGGCACGCUUGUUUAAAGUAAAGUGCGCUAUUAGAAUUCAAGCUUCCUGGAGGGGCUAUAUUGUUAGAAAAUGGUAUAAAAACUUGAGAAGAACAGUGCCUCCUAAAGAUAGCAAAUUAAGGAAGCAAUUCUUUGAGAAAAAGGUUGAACAGAUCAGCAGUCGACUGUUGAGCUCUUACGACAUCAACCUAGAUGAAUUUUUUUCUGAGAUAGAUUCUUCUCUAGCUGCAAGUCGAGAUGUGUUUCAGCAGUCGGAAGGAAAAGAAAUACUACUAAGUGAAACUGACUGGGAGAAGAUCCAGAUGCAGGCAUUUCGGCAAGAGAUAUGUGACUGUCCUAUCUGUAUCAUGCCUCUCAGUCCUGCAGUGCAUCCUGCCUGUCUCUCUCCUGGAAAUGGCAAUGACUUGUCACGGCACACUGUUCUGCUUUCUUGUUCGCAUUUGUUUCAUCAUAGUUGUCUUGAAGCAUUUGAAGAGUUUUCCUUGGGAGAGCGACAUAUUUGUCCUUUGUGUCGCUCAUAUUAUCAAAAGAAAAUCCUCAAAUGGUGAUAAGUGUAGCUCAUAAUGAACUACAUGGUAGAACGUAGCUGACAACAUAUGUACUUCUAAUUGGGCCUUUUCAGGUCCAGAGCUUCCAAGAACAAACUAUUUUGUAUCCAUAACAGCAGUCCCCUCAUAUUUAGAGAAAUAAACAUUAGAAGGGU